AUGUCUGCCGGAGACAUCAUCGUCAUUCCCGACACUCUUCGCUCCUGGCCAUGGCCGCGCGACAUAAACCCCUCGUACGAUGUGUGCAAGAAGGAGUCGGCAGCAUGGUGUGAAGCGUUCAAGGCAUUUGGUCCAAAGGCGCAGGAUAGCUUCAAUCGGUGUGAUUUCACAUCGCUAGCUUUUCCUUUGUUAAAUCGCGAGGGCUGCCGAAUUGGCUGCGACCUCAUGAACCUUUUCUUUGUGAUUGAUGAGCACACCGACGUCGCAGCGACAGCUGUGGUCAGGCAGCAAGCUGACAUGAUCAUGGACGCCAUUCGUCAUCCAAACCGACCUCGUCCUGUUGGAGAAUGGAUUGGGGGCGAGAUUGCCAGAUGCUUCUGGUCCAACGCUACUCGGACGGCUACACCAACGGCACAACGGCGCUUUGUCGAGGCUUUUCAGCAGUAUAUGGAUGGAGUAGUCCAGCAGGCGGAUGACCGAAAUUCGAGCAGAAUUCGAGAUGUCGACAGUUAUUUCAAAGUACGAAGAGAAACCAUCGGGGCGAAACCUUCUUUCGCCGUGAACGAAAUCCACCUGAAUAUCCCUGAUGAAGUCAUGGCAGACCCAAUAGUUGUGAAACUCACCGAUCUUUCUAUCGAUGCACUUAUCAUCGGGAACGACCUGUGUUCCUACAAUGUGGAACAAGCGCGCGGAGACGACGGCCACAAUCUCGUCACCAUUGUGAUGCACCAGUACGGGCUCGACGUGCAACAAGCCAUGAGCUGGAUUGGCGACCUUCAUGACCAGAUCGUCGAUGAAUUCCUCCAUACAUGGCACGACCUGCCGAGAUUCGAUACCUCGCCUGAUUUGGAGCAUGAUUUUCGUCUUUACGUCGAUGGAUUAGGGAACUGGGUGCGCGCGAACGAUUCCUGGAGUUUCGAGAGCGAGAGAUACUUUGGCAAGAAGGGACGCGAGGUGCAGGACACGAGGAAAACGGUCUUGCUCCCGAGAAAGAGAGAUUUGGAGCCACUGGGAGUUUAG